CUUUGCGGCGAGGAUGUGUCCUCGUCCUUCAAGCUUGUGUCUACAAGAUGUCGAAAGGUGCAUUUCUUUGUCGCAUGUCACCCAAAGAUGAUCCGCGGGGCUUGCUUUUGUGCUCGCCGGUUCUAUUCCCGUUGCCUCGUUGGCAAUUGAGAUUCAUUUUCCAAUCCGCUACAAGCUACAUCGUUCCCUCAUCGUCAUGUCGACUCGAACGCUCGACGCACUUCCCGCGAGCUUUGCCGACGUGCCCCGCGCCGUCGUCAACGCCGGCGGCAUCACGGGCUACGUGACCAAGACCCUUUCCGUGCACAUUUCGUCCAACCCGAGCACAGGCACGAAGCUCUGCGCGUACGUUUUGAGCCUGCUGACGUCGCUCCCGCUUCUCCUGCUGCCACUGUUUGUCGCGCUCAAGAGCGACGGCGACAUUGCGUGGACGUGGGCCCACACGUUGAUCCCGCUCUGGAUCCUCGAUGCGCUCCUCUUCCCCAUCUACUUUCACUUGACGCGCACGCACGACACGGUCAACACUGUUGUCGAGGGCGACAUCAACGCCGAUACGACGGCGCUCCUCUCGACGACGCCAAGCACGAUUAUGACCAAGAUCCAGAUGCUCAGCCUUGUCUUUACGAUCCUCACGCAAGUGCUCGUGACGAUGCGCCUCGACGGCCACCUCGCGUGGAAGUGGAGCUAUAUUUCGCUGCCGUACUGCCUCGUUAUGAUCUUUGACCCGUCGAUCACGUCCGUGCUGCAAGUCCUCCAGGCCAUUUUUGUGGCGCAAAAGCUCGACAUGGAGCUCUCGUGGAGCUGGGCCGUCAUCUUGCUGCCGACGUGGCUCCCAGCGUUCGUCAUCGUCUUUGUCCUCCCCUCGAUUGUGUUUGUGAGCAUGAUGUCGGCGACCGAAGAGAACGCGCAGCCGUCGUUUCUCCGCGCGUUGCUCGCGUUUGUUGGGCUCGUAGUUUCGCUUGGCCUCGUCUUUGGCCCACAGAUGCUCCUCGUUCUCCGCCUCGAGUACGUGGCCUUCUCGGCGCUCUACAUUGUGUGGCCGUGGCUCCUUCUUUACGGCCUCUUUGUCCUUGGCGGUCUUGCCCACGUCUUUGUGUCGCCGGCUGAGAAGGACAUGGAGAACGUCUCGGUCACCGUCUCGUACGGCACGGUCUAAGACGCAUGUUGCUUCCAGUUAAUCCCAUCAACUUAUGUGCAUGCCCGUUUCUGCAUUGGUCUUCAAGUGCCAUCGAUGCUUCGUUGGGACCGUAGACAGUUGCGGACUCAGUAGACGCCACGAGUAGGCGUCACCCCACACACAUGAGCAACG